UAUUAUUAACUUAAUGGCUAAGAAACUUGGAGAAAGAUAUGCGUUGAGUUCUAGUCUCACGAUCUUCCAUUCCUCCCUCAAGGGCUUUACCAAAAAAAAAAAAAAGAAAAAAAGAGCUCACAUUAAAUAAUCAUAGCAGAGAUUAAACCAACUCCAUGUUACGAUUAGGACAAAGAUAUUUCCACCGUCACUAAUUUAUUACAACUCCAUGUUCUUACACACUUCCCGACACUCCCCACCUGAAACCUAACCAAAAUUUUUUCUUUACCACACUACGUCCUACGUAUAAAAAACUUAAAUUAAUGUUCAUCGUACUUUAUUACAUGUUACUUACAAAACAGAAGCCGAAGCUCACCCAUGUUUCAAUCACAAGUCCGACAAAUGUCUAACCAAACCUUAAACGACAUGUCAUCGUUGACAUUAAGAAGUCUCAGCGAGAUAUCCGAGACGGACACGGUACAUCUCGGUGUUGAUCUUGUAUCGGCGGCGAGACGAAAUAUUGGAUUCUUGAGAAGUGUUGAUGAGUGUCAGUGGCUUCAACAAAGAGCAACAAUUAUUGAAGCAAUACGGAGGUAUGAUGAGGUCUGGAUGCCGUUGAUUUCUGAUCUGACGGUGGAGGGGUCAACGCCUCCUAUGGUUCUGCCACCUUUUGAUGUUGAAUGGGUUUGGUUUUGUCACACCUUGAAUCCUGUUAGUUAUAGGAAAUACUGUGAAUCAAGGUUCUCAAAACUAAUUGGAAAACCAGCAAUUUUCAAUGAAGAAAAUGAAGAGUAUGCAUUGAUGAGAUGUAAAGAAAUUUGGGUCCAAAGAUAUUCAUCUGAGCCUUUUGAGAAUGAAGUGGAAUCAGAUUCUCAAGACCUACUAUUGAUCAAUGAAGAUCUUUUCAAUGAAGUUCAAAAGCAAAGGUUUUUGUAUUCAAAAUUUUCAGAACCAUAUAUGUGUGAGCUAGUGUAUUUGAUAGCAGCUAGACAAAGAUACAGAGGAUUUCUGUACAUGAUGCAAAGAUUUGGAGAUGGAUGCUUUGGGUUUGUGCCUGCUUUGGAUAUUCUACUAAUGCUGCUGACUCAUCAGAGCUAUCCAACAGUGUAUGUAGAGGAUUUGAAGGACAUGUGGGAUUAUAUGGGGAAGGCAGUGGGGUUAUGGAAGACUGUAGAAGAGAAAGAGGUGGAAGAAACCAAGAAUCUCUGGGAGAGAACCUUUGAUCAACCAUAUGAGAAAGCUGGAGGUGGGAUAGCAGUGGAAUUGGAUAAGGUUAUCUUGGCCAAGCCACCGCUAUAUUGGGAGGUUUCUGACGUAGAUGUCAACACUAAAUACAAGUCCAUGAUCCCAAGGUUCCUACUUGAGGUUUGUGUUUUUGUGAGGUUCAAUGCUCGGAUGAAGGCAAAAAAUGGAGACAAAAAACACAAUUUUUUGCGUCUCCGGAUGGUAAGAUGUCACAGGGAGCUCAAACUUGAUAAACCAAUCACCAAUUUUUUGUAUGAUACAUGGUGGAAAGCCUGGCAUCUGUACCCUGAGUUUGGAACAAAAGGACUUAUGGUUGAGCUUCGUGGCCGUGGUAGUCACCGCUUCAAAGGAAGUAAAUUGCUGAACUCAAUGGCAUUUUAUUGGAAUGAUUUGCUGAGGGCACCCUCUAUUACUUUGACAAGAGAAAUUGAUCAAGUGAGGAUCGUUGCUUCUAUAACUCCCCCAGUUCAAGCAUCAUACUUGUUGAAAUGUGUGCCAGAUAGAGUCACAGAUGAUUCAGGAGCCAUGAUAUCUGAUGUGAUUCUGAAACAAAACAAUUAUCGGCCUCAAAAAGGUCGUUGGCUGUCUCGCACAGUUCUAGACCAUGCUGGAAGAGAGUGUUUUGUUGUUAGAAUAAGAGUGGGAGGAGGGUUUUGGAGAAGAGGAGCUGAAACUCCUUCUUCCGUAAAUUGGGAGGAUAGGAUAAUUGAGAUACGUGAAGGUUCUUGGUCUUAUGUUGCUGGUUCAAUUGGCAAAGCUCCUGCCAUGAAAAGAUUCUACAGGACCUAUGGCUUUUACAUGCUGUGGAAUCUAGUUUAUACAUUGUUGCUGUUAUUGUUGCCAUCUAGUGCAGAGAAAGUGGUAGGAACAGCAACACCAAAACAAUCUCCAGAGCAGUGGCAAGCGGCAUGGCAUUUUUCAACUGGAGAUGAAUUACUGAUAAAUUGGGGAUCUUCAACAUCAAGUUCUGGCCUGAGCUUUUGUCUGAAAAGUCAAGAAUCGUCAGAUUCAUCUGCGAUGUUGUUGAGGGGAAGGAAAAUGCAAUAUCAAGACAAGACAGCUAAGUCACCGGUAGAGUGUCCUGAUAAAGAAGCUGAAAGCAAACUAGCUGAAGACGAAAAGGAAAUUGAUGAUGGAUUCGUGACUCUUGUAAGGUUCACAGAAGAGAACCCAAAAGGAAGAGCGACAGCCCUGUUGAAUUGGAAACUAUUGGUGGUAGAGCUAUUGCCCGAAGAAGAUGCUAUUUUGGUGCUUCUACUUUGUGUCUCGAUACUUAGGACCGUAUCAGAGAUGAGUAAGGAAGAUAUCGGAAAUUUGUUAAUAAGGAGGAGGUUGAAGGAAGCAAAACUCGGUACCCGAGACUGGGGUUCUGUAGUACUUCAUCCUUCUUCACUAUCCACAUCCAGUACUUCACCUUAUCUACAGCCUUGGUAUUGCAAUGCUAACAAAGUAAUGGCACAACAUGAAGAUGACAGUAUCACAAGGCAACUGGCAUCUAACCAUUCACCAGUCGAGGGUUGCGAAAUGCUGUACAAGCGAGGGAUCAUUACAUAAGAAACGAAAAGAUUUUGCAACAUUUUUUUUUUUAAUCAGAAAUGGAAAAAUAUGCACACAAUUUGCAAGACAAUGUUGUUAUACUUGCAUAUCUGAUGCUUUUACCAUUCAAUUUUCAUGUUCAAUCUGCAAUCUUGUAUUGUGAAAUAGAAGGAUGACAGGCAAGUUCAAUGGGAGAUGCUAAUGGGAUUAAAGCUAUUCCCACUUGUACAAAAAGAGCAUUGGUAUUGAAACUGAUUCCUACACAAAUUUAGCUGCUUCAAAGAAGCUUCCAAUGGAUUUGGUGAAAUGAUCAUUAUUUUGUUCUGAUAUGCAAGAUGGUUAGCACUACUAUCAUGAUUUCUAGAUUCUGAAGCAAUGGCUUUUUGCCAUGACCAGAAAGCUUGACUUUGACAUGG